UACAACUAAGGGAUAAAUACCCACUACAAGACAGUUUUCACCAUAUCUAGGGUUGUUUGUUGUUGCGAGGUCUUAUACUCUAUCCCAGCAAUAGCACUCCUAAAAGAGUAAUGGAGACUUCUCUGAGAUAUGACUGCGACUCAAGAGCUUUGGUAAUCCAUGCGAAGGAGAAGAUCGCCAUCGACUCCAAAACCCACUUGCAGGUUCAUGGCGAGCUAGAUACAAAAAUUGGAGUUCCAUGUUAUUUAAGUGCAGUUAUGAGACGCUUCUACCCGGAUUUAUCGGCCAGCCUUGGAUUUGGGUUGCACUAUAAUGGACAGGAAAAGUUCCGUUAUAGCAUGCAGGGCAAGAAGGCAUUUCCUGUGACAACCAAUGGAUUGUUAAGCUUUAAUAUCAAGGGGCGAUAUGACAUUGAUAAAGAAUUUAAAGAGAGGACACCGAGUGGGGCUGCUGAAUUUACUUUAGGCAUACUGAAUUUUCAGAAAGACCAAGAUGUAAGGCUCAAAGUUGGCUGUGAAGUCAUUCAGGAAAAAGCCAUUAAGGGAAAAAAAGUUAGCAAAGUCUUUAACAUGGUUCCAUACCUGCAGAUCAGGGAAAACAAUUGGACACUGAAUGCUGACAUCAAUGGAAAAUGGAAUGUCAGUUAUGACUUGUAAUUGAGGGAGUGCUUGACAUACUCUUUUGAAGGUGAUAUGUUAUAGUUACAAAAGAUAUUUCUUAUUUCUGAUGGACAGACAGGUGCUGAAAUGACCCUUAUUGGUGGGGUUCGUUAUCUUCUUAUAUGAUAGGGGGGCCUCUUUUGGGUGGACCUUCUGUCAAGCUGACAAAGGGGUUUAUAUCUGCCUCAUAUAACAUUUAAUUAGAUUUUUUUUUAUCUUGGCUCGAAUGCUCUGUAAGUUGAGGAAAUUGUCCUCAUGGCGGGAGUUAGGCGGACAAUGUUUGUUGAAUGCUGAAUAUGUAGUUUAUUAGGGAAAACUUCAAUCAUUAAAAUCUCUCUAUUUAUUUUUUAUUUUUAUGUAAUAUACUUUGUUCUAAAUAUAUGUCUCUCGUUAAAUUUUUUA